AUGUCUGUUGUCAAAGUGGCUACUCCGUUAAAUGCCACCAUCAUGUCUGUUGUCAAAGUGGCUACUCCGUUAAAUGCCACCAUCAUGUCUGUUGUCAAAGUGGCUACUCCGUUAAAUGCCACCAUCAUGUCUGUUGUCAAAGUGGCUACUCCGUUAAAUGCCACCAUCAUGUCUGUUGUCAAAGUGGCUACUCCGUUAAAUGCCACCAUCAUGUCUGUUGUCAAAGUGGCUACUCCGUUAAAUGCCACCAUCAUGUCUGUUGUCAAAGUGGCUACUCCGUUAAAUGCCACCAUCAUGUCUGUUGUCAAAGUGGCUACUCCAUUGAGUGCCACCAUCAUGUCUGUUGUCAAAGUGGCUACUCCGUUAAAUGCCACCAUCAUGUCUGUUGUCAAAGCGGCUACUCCACUGAGUGCCGCCAUCAUGUCUGUUGUCAAAGUGGCUACUCCGUUAAAUGCCACCAUCAUGUCUGUUGUCAAAGUGGCUACUCCAUUGAGUGCCACCAUCAUGUCUGUUGUCAAAGUGGCUACUCCAUUGAGUGCCCUCAUCAUGUCUGUUGUCAAAGUGGCUACUCCAUUGAGUGCCCUCAUCAUGUCUGUUGUCAAAGUGGCUACUCCGUUAAAUGCCACCAUCAUGUCUGUUGUCAAAGCGGCUACUCCACUGAGUGCCGCCAUCAUGUCUGUUGUCAAAGUGGCUACUCCGUUAAAUGCCACCAUCAUGUCUGUUGUCAAAGUGGCUACUCCAUUGAGUGCCACCAUCAUGUCUGUUGUCAAAGUGGCUACUCCGUUAAAUGCCACCAUCAUGUCUGUUGUCAAAGUGGCUACUCCAUUGAGUGCCACCAUCAUGUCUGUUGUCAAAGUGGCUACUCCGUUAAAUGCCACCAUCAUGUCUGUUGUCAAAGCGGCUACUCCACUGAGUGCCGCCAUCAUGUCUGUUGUCAAAGUGGCUACUCCGUUAAAUGCCACCAUCAUGUCUGUUGUCAAAGUGGCUACUCCAUUGAGUGCCACCAUCAUGUCUGUUGUCAAAGUGGCUACUCCAUUGAGUGCCCUCAUCAUGUCUGUUGUCAAAGUGGCUACUCCAUUGAGUGCCACCAUCAUGUCUGUUGUCAAAGUGGCUACUCCGUUAAAUGCCACCAUCAUGUCUGUUGUCAAAAUGGCUACUCCAUUGAGUGCCACCAUCAUGUCUGUUGUCAAAGUGGCUACUCCAUUGAGUGCCCUCAUCAUGUCUGUUGUCAAAGUGGCUACUCCAUUGAGUGCCCUCAUCAUGUCUGUUGUCAAAGUGGCUACUCCGUUAAAUGCCACCAUCAUGUCUGUUGUCAAAGUGGCUACUCCAUUGAAUGCCACCAUCAUGUCUGUUGUCAAAGUGGCUACUCCAUUGAGUGCCACCAUCAUGUCUGUUGUCAAAGUGGCUUCUCCGUUGAAUGCCGCCAUCGUGUUUGUUGUCAAAGUGGCUACACCGUUAAAUGCCACCAUCAUGUCUGUUGUCAAAGUGGCUACUCCAUUGAGUGCCACCAUCAUGUCUGUUGUCAAAGUGGCUACUCCACUGAGUGCCACCAUCAUGUCUGUUGUCAAAGUGGCUUCUCCGUUGAAUGCCGCCAUCGUGUUUGUUGUCAAAGUGGCUACACCGUUAAAUGCCACCAUCAUGUCUGUUGUCAAAGUGGCUACUCCAUUGAGUGCCGCCAUCAUGUCUGUUGUCAAAGUGGCUACUCCGUUAAAUGCCACCAUCAUGUCUGUUGUCAAAGUGGCUACUCCAUUGAGUGCCACCAUCAUGUCUGUUGUCAAAGUGGCUACUCCGUUAAAUGCCACCAUCAUGUCUGUUGUCAAAGUGGCUUCUCCGUUGAAUGCCGGCAUCGUGUUUGUUGUAAACCUUGCUACUUAA